AUGAAGCAUGCGGAAUAUUAUCCAAAUCAAAAUAUAGUGUCCAUAAAUAUCCAGUUCAACAGCUGGACGAAGGCGUUUCUUAACUACUUACGAAUCGCAGAGAAUUUCGUCAGUAGCACAAAAGCGUCUAUAAUAAUUAAAAAAAAAAAGGAUGUUCGAAAUUUUCAUUUGUAUAAAAUUAAAUUACGACUAAUUUACGGAAAUGAUCUGAAUGGUUCUAACACCACAUUCGUAGAUGAAAAGAUGAAGAAAUGGAUUACUCCCUUGGAUGAUCAUUUAGAGCAAAACUCCAACUUGCAUUCAUCCCCGCGUUCAUAUGAAAACCAAAAUUUAAUUAAUCCAAAUCAUGAUACUAAGGGAAAAAUUAAAAGUAAUUUAAUUCAUAAUGAACAAAACAACGUUAGAACAAGUAGUGAGAAAGCAAUCCAUUUCAAUAAAAUUGAUGAAAGAAAUGAUGAGAUCAUUGAUAAAGUGAUGAAACUAAAUAGGUUUCAGGUUUCUACUUGGAAUAAAAAAAUGGAUGAAAGUAAGACACAAAAAGGAACUAAAUGGACAUCAUCAUGUGUAUUAAAUAAAAGGGGAGACAAGGAAGUGGAUAGAGAUAAUCUUAAAAAUGCAACUAGACAAUUAUUAAGAGAAAAAAAAAAGGGAGAUAAACAUUUGGAUAUAGUGCAUGUGUUAGUAGAAAAAAAUGUAAUUUCAAAAGAUUUAUCCAUUUUUAAAAAGAAAGAUUUUUCAAAAUACAUAUUUUUACCGGCAUAUUUGUCAUUGAAAAGUGCGAAAAUAAAAUCAGUCCAUUUUUUAUUAAAUGACAAAAUGAGCAUAAACUUACUUCUAAACCUAAUGGUAAGAAAAAGUAAAACGAAUUUUCUCGAAUUGAGUAUAAAUAAAGAAUUAAAUGAUAUGCUAAAAUUGAAAAGAUUUAUUAUUCAAUGCAAAUCAUGUAAUGAGAAUGUUAUGAUAUGUGGAAAUGUUAAUUUUAUUUUGCCGAAUAUGUAUUUGAAUACAACUGAUUUUUUGGAACAUGCAUUUUGUGAAGAAUGCACUACUUUUACAUUUGAUGGUAUAAAAGAUAUUGAUCGCAAUAUUUUCAUUUUCCCCAACUAUCUAUUAUUUCGUUUAAGCUUAAUUAAAGACAGUAACUUAGCUCUUCAAAAAAAUUCAGUACACCAAUACAGAUUUUUAUUUUUUUGUAAUUUUUGUCACAAUUUACUUGGUUAUUUUGAAAAUGAAAAUCACCACACACAUUCAUAUCAUGAAAAUAAAAAUAUGAAUGAUAAUCUUAAAAAAUUCUUAUUUGAUAUAAUUUAUGAAAGCGACAAACCGGGGUAUGUAAAAUUGGAAACGGUUAUGUUCCAAUCAACUUGUCACGAGAAUCCAUAUAGCCAAAUUAAUGAAAAAGAUGUAUUUAAUUCUCAGCAGAAUGGGGAUGAAGUAACAAGAGUACAAAAACCAUCACACAAAAGAAGUGAUACAAAAGAAGGCUUAAACUUCUCCAAUGAACUCAUUAUUCGGGAAGUAAUAGACACAGAAAUGUUAAACAAAGAGGAAGAUACCAAUAUUAACCCCAUUUCAAAUCUCAAUGACAAGUGUCAAAAAUUCUGUGGGGAUAUCAAUCCGAAGAUAUACCUCCUUAAGCAUAAAAUAAAAAUGCUAUUAAAUGAGGAAAACAUUUUUAAAAAUUACAACAAUGUAAUAUUUUUGAACGAGUAUAUGCAUAGCAAAUGUGAAAAAAAAAAUAUAACCAUUUUUUACUUAAGAAACAAUCAAAAAGGAAAAAUAAUUGAAGUAAGGAUAUUUAUAAAAAUGCUAUAUAUUUGCAAAAUUAUGGAUCCAAAAAUUUGCCAUAACAAUUUUUUGGACUUUCAAAAAGUUAUGAAAAUAUUAUAUUGUGUUAUAAAAAACGAAAAUAAAUUCAAGUUCCCUAAUUCCGAAACUAUUGAUAUUUCCAAGCAACUUUACGAGGAUAUAUUAAAAAUGAUGAUCUCCUAUUCCUUCAGAUCAGACAUCUUUAAAGGAAAAUUCCUCUCUUAUCUUCUCUUGAUCAAUUAG